AUGCAAGCUCCCGGACAAAUGCCCGUGUUCGUAAUGAACACUACCCCUGAGCGCCAGAGUGGUCGAAAAGCUCAAGUCGCAAACAUUACUGCCGCUAAGACUGUUGCAGAUGUUAUCCGAACAUGUCUUGGCCCUAAGGCUAUGCUGAAAAUGAUUUUAGAUCCCAUGGGUGGAAUUUUAUUGACGAACGAUGGAAAUGCUAUCCUACGAGAAAUUGAUGUUGCACAUCCAGCUGCAAAGAACAUGAUUGAACUUUCAAGAACUCAGGAUGAAGAGGUCGGAGACGGUACUACCAGUGUUAUUAUCCUCGCUGGAGAGGUUCUUGCCCACACUCUCCCACUCCUUGAGCGAUCCAUUCAUCCCGUGCGAAUUAUUGCUGGCCUCAAUGCUGCGCUUGCCACCGCUCUCGAAACUGUCAAUCGCAUUUCCAUUCCUAUUGACCCCAAUUCCGAUGAAGACAUGCUUGCGCUUAUCAAAACUGCAAUUGGUACCAAGUUUGUCGCUCGGUGGUCGGACCUCAUGUGUUCUCUCGCGCUCAAGGCAGUAAGAACCGUGACGCAAGGUGGAGAAACUCAGAGUGUUGGCGGAGUGCAGAUCAUUAACGGAAUGACGACAAUCGAUAUCAAGCGAUAUGCGCGAGUGGAAAAGGUUCCAGGCGGAACAAUCGAAGAGUCGCAGGUUCUGUCAGGAGUCUUAAUUAACAAGGACAUCACUCACCCCAAAAUGCGACGACGAAUUGCGAAUCCUCGUAUUAUCCUUCUCGAUUGUCCAUUGGAAUACAAGAAAGGUGAAAGCCAAACAAAUAUUGAAAUUUCCAAAGAAGAAGAUUGGGCUCGUAUUCUUGAAAUCGAGGAGGAACAAAUCAAGAAGAUCUGUGAAAAACUCAUCGAGUUCAAGCCGGACUUGAUCAUCACAGAGAAGGGAGUCAGUGAUCUCGCCCAGCAUUACCUCCUCAAGGCAAAUAUCACUGCCCUUCGCCGAGUACGCAAGUCCGAUAACAACCGUAUUGCGCGCGCCACUGGAGCUACAAUUGUGAAUCGAGUCGAAGACCUUCGUGAUUCCGAUGUGGGUACCCAGUGUGGAAUGUUCUACAUUGAAAAGAUGGGAGAUGAAUAUUUCACGUUCCUCACAGAAUGUACAUCCCCCAAAGCAUGCACUAUUCUUCUGCGUGGACCCAGCAAGGAUAUCCUCAAUGAGAUCGACAGGAACUUGGCAGACGCGAUGGCAGUCGCACGCAAUGUCGUGCUCAACCCUCGGCUUAUUCCAGGUGGAGGUGCUGUAGAAAUGGCGGUUGCUCGGGCUUUGACCGAGAGUGGAGCGACGGGCGUGGCUGGAAAGGAAAAGGAGGUGGCCGGAGCAGCUCAGGGCGCUGUCUUCAAGGCUGUGGCAGACGCUUUAGAGGUUAUCCCUCGGACCCUAGUGCAAAACGCGGGUGGGAACGCGAUCAGGGUAUUAACCGAACUGAGAGCUAAACAUGCUGCGGGCGAGCACACUUGGGGAAUCGAUGGAAAUGUCGGAAAGAUCGCCGAUAUGAAGACAUAUGGUCUAUAUGAGAGUGCAAGUGUCAAGAUCCAAACGCUCAAAACUGCUAUUGAGGCAACACGUGUCCUACUCCGCGUGGACGAUAUUGUCCAAGCAACUCGCAAGGAUAAGUCUGGAGGCGGUGGUGGGGGCGCACCAGCUGUGCAAGAUAUGGGCCAGGGUCCUGAUGGAGAGGGAGAGCCAGAGAUGCCAUAG